AUGGUACUUGCAGCAGUAGGACAGUUAUGCGCAACAGCGAGCAUUGCUUCUAAUUUAGCCCAAUGUGAGACUCUGAUCCAGAAAGCAGUGAAGGCAGGAGCCAAGGUCCUCUUUCUGCCAGAAGCUUCGGACUAUAUAGCCUCGUCUGCCGACGAAUCCCUGGCCCUGGCACGUUCACCCGACCAGAGCAACUUUGUGGACGCUUUGAAAAAGGCAGCUAAGCUUCAGAAGAUACAUAUCAAUGUUGGCAUCCACGAGGUUGCCUCGGAGCAGAGACUCAAGAACUCCCUCAUUUGGAUUGAUGAUAAGGGCGUUAUCACCCAGAACUAUCACAAAAUCCAUCUCUUUGACGUUGAUAUUAAGGAUGGACCGGUCCUCAAGGAGAGCGCGAGUGUGCAACCCGGACAAGAGAUUAUCCCACCCUUUGAAACGCCCGUAGGCCGUGUCGGUCUCGCAAUAUGUUUUGAUUUACGCUUUCCAGAAAUCAGUCUGGCGUUGAAACGUCAGAAGGCCGAUAUCAUCACUUACCCAUCUGCAUUCACGGUUCCAACAGGCAAAGUUCAUUGGGAGUCAUUGCUUCGGGCCAGAGCUAUUGAGACACAGUCUUAUGUGGUAGCCGCUGCUCAGGGUGGUCCACAUAACGAGAAAAGAAGAAGCUAUGGUCACUCAAUGAUUGUUAGCCCCUGGGGGGAAGUCGUGGCAGAGCUUGAAGAAGAGUAUGAAGAGCCACAAAUAGCUACCGCUGAUAUUGAUCUAGACUUGGUAGCGAGGAUUAGGCGAGAGAUGCCUCUUCUUAGAAGAACGGAUCUUUACCCCGAGGUAUAG